AUGAGGGAACUCUUUCGAGAUGCAACGGCGGGGAAAAUAUUACGUCUAAUAUCAGGCGACAAAUUUCUAAAGUAUCCAGAGGAACAAGACACAGACAGUGAAAAGGGAAAUCCAGACACAUGGAGAAGAUAUUUAAAUGUACAGAAGACUCGAAACGUGAGACAUCAUGGUACUUGCGAGGAAUCUGAGGAUGAGGGAGUCUCUGAGGAAGAUAAGGAAGUUGAUAAUGCUGAUCAACGCAGAGAUCGAAGGCAGGGAAGUAGGCCUUCAAAUACGACCCUAGGCUCAGACAGCACGAGAGUGGCAAAUGAGGAUACUGUGAGAACGGAUAAUGGAGGGAAAGAUGUUCAAAUCAUUGAUUGGGUUCAAACGGAGGGAGUCAUUGAUUCAGAGAACCCACAAAAUUGGUCGACGAGAAAAAAGUUCUUCGUUACUUUCCUCAUCUGUUUACUGACUUUCUCUGUCUAUAUUGGAUCGGCUAUCUAUUCCGCAGGUAUCACAGAUGUGAUGCAACAGUUCGGAGUCAGUCAAGUUGCCGCGACAGCUGGUCUCACUUUAUUCGUUGCGGGCUAUGGUCUAGGACCCAUGAUCUGGUCUCCCAUGAGUGAAAUACCUCAAGUUGGACGAAAUCCUGUUUAUAUCGCAACGUUGGUUGUAUUUGUGGUGUUCCAAUUCGGUGUCAUAUAUGCGAAGAAUUUCGCUAUGAUGCUUAUCUUUCGAUUCUUGACUGGAUUCUUUGGGUCGCCGGUGUUGGCUACUGGUGGUGCCUCGUUGGCUGAUAUGUAUGCGCCCAAAAAGAGAGCUUAUGCAAUUGGAAUUUGGGGUAUGGCUGCUGUUUCUGGUCCUGUGUUGGGUCCUUUGGUUGGAGGGUUUGCCGCCGAAAGUAAAGGUUGGACUUGGACAAUUUGGGAGUUAACAUGGUUAUCCGGAUUCGCACUGAUCGUCUUAUUCCUCCUCUUGCCUGAGACGAGUUCCGCCAAUAUUCUGUAUCGUCGGCGUCGACGUCUCGAAAAGUCUUGUGGUGUUAACAAUCUCAAAUCCGAACCAGAACUCGAAGCGGAUGAGAUGACCACCAAAGACAAGAUUAACAUGGCGCUCAUCCUCCCAUUCUCACUCACCUUCUCCGAACCCAUUCUCUUCUGUCUCAAUCUCUACAUUGCACUGAUUUACGGUCUUCUAUACGUUUGGUUCGAAUCAUUCGCCAUCGUCUUUGUCGAGAUUCACGGCUUCAGUUUGGGGAAAGAGGGAUUAGCUUUCUUGGGUAUUUUCGUCGGAUCUGUCGCGGUUAUCCCGCCAUUUUUCUGGUAUCUCUACAAAUUCCAAGAACCAAAGUUUGACGAAAGUGGAAAUAUCAAACCGGAGAUUAGAUUGCAACCGGCGUUUGUCGGAGCCUUCUGUAUCCCUAUCUGUUUGUUCUGGUUCGGAUGGACAAGUAAAGAAAGUAAUCAUUGGAUCGUCCCCAUCAUCGGCUCCGCCUUUUUCUCCAUCGGUGCCUUCCUCCUCUUCAACUCCGUCCUCAACUACAUCGGCGACGCAUAUCCCAAAGUCGCCGCAUCCGCCUUUGCAGGAAACGAUUUCAUGCGCUCGUGUUUCGGCGCCGGCUUCCCCCUCUUUGCUAAUGCGAUGUUCAAGAAUUUGGGAGUGCCGUGGGCGAGUUCCACGUUGGCGUUUAUUAGUGUGGCGUUUAUACCGAUUCCGUUUGUUUUGUAUAGGUGGGGUGAGAAGAUUAGGAUGAAGAGUAAGAGGGCGAGACAUGAUAUUUAG